AUGGAAAUCAUUACGGAGAGGUUCUACUGGAACCUUUUCCGUUCAUCAACUCCUGUUUCAAGCCCGAUCAUCCCUACUGGUGAAGCUCCACCACGGAUUCUCCAUUCGGAAGUACGAGUCGCUAUUAAGAACAUGAAACCUUGUACAGCCCCCGGACCUGAUUUUAUAUCAGCAGACUUUCUUCGGGCUGGUGGCCAUCCACUUCAUGUAAUCUUAGCAGCGCACAUGACAUCCUACCUUCAGAAAGAAAAGAUCCCAAACCAGUGGAAGACCUCGCGAACCGUUCUCAUCCAAAAGAAAGGUGACCGAGAGGACCUUCGGAACUACCGUCCGAUAUGCUUGCUGAGCAUGUCAUACAAAGUAUUCACCAAGAUGAUCUUCACGCGUAUAUCUAAGACCGAAGAUCCGGAUGAAGUCCAGCCUUAA